AUGACAGACACGAAGGAAACAACCCCUCCGCCCACACAUAUCCCAGACGAUAUCCCGCACCAAGCACCGUCGCUGCCGAAUUCACCUCUAGCUAAAAGGCCUAAGAUCGCAGCCAUGGCAAUCCCAGAGAAUCCCACUGCCUCAGCCCCCCAGCUGCUAGUGAAGAAGUUGAUACCCGAAGCACGCGCGCCAACUAGAGGAUCUGCCUUGGCUGCCGGGUACGACUUGUACGCCGCAAAGGAUAUCGUGCUUCCGGCAAAGGGUAAAGGCCUAGUUUCGACGGGGCUUGCAAUUGCCGUUCCAGAGGGUACCUUCAAGGAAGGCGAUCGUGUUGCGCAGCUUGUACUUGAGCGAAUCUAUACUCCUGAAGUCCUCGUUGUUGAGCAACUUGAGGAAAGUGUACGAGGUGCUGGUGGGUUUGGAAGCACAGGUUAA